AUGCUGCAUGAGGACCGCACAACGUACGAGCUCGUGCGCGGGGAGCAGGAGCUCCGACGGCUGCAUCCUGGGGUAGAGGCCAUGCCGUUCGAGAUUGACGGGCCUCUGAAGAGGAUUAGGCCUUCGACUUCAACUCGCCUCAAGCUGACUCGAGAGGCUCUGCAGAGGCAGUGGGCGAGCAAGCUUCGUGGUUCUGCGUCUGUAACGUUCGUUAACGAGGUCAAUACGGAGGAGAUUCCGAGUCUGGUCAAUGGAUUCCAAUACAUCGAGCGAAGCUAUGUCCGCGCACCAGACGUGCCCGCGAAUGACCAUCUUGCGGACAUUCUCGUGAGCUGUGAGUGUGGGGAAUGCGUCGAUGCGGAAGAGUGUGGGUGCCAGGACCCAUCCGAGCUCACGGACGGUGUGGGCAACAAAGUCUUCGCGUACUCUAAAAGGGGCCUCUUCAACUUCAAUCUCCCCUCGGGCACGGAAGCGAUUGAAUGCAACGCGUCCUGCUCGUGUGACGACCAGUGUCCAAAUCGUGUCGCGCAGCUCCCGCGAGACGUGCCCAUCGAGGUAUUCCGGACGCGCGAGCGCGGCUGGGGCGCACGCGCAACGACGGCGCUGCCCAGAGGCAAGGUCGUUGGCAUAUACACAGGGCAGCUAAUCCGACGGGAAGAGGCGGGUCGCCGGUACGAUGAGCGCAAGUCGUAUAUCUUCGACCUGGAUGUGCGCGAGAGCGCGGAAGACGAGGACGAGGACGAGACGGAGAAGUUCAGCGUGGACGGGCAUGCGUACGGGAACUGGACGCGAUUCGUCAACCACUCGUGCGAACCGAACAUGAAAGUCUACCCCGUCGUCUGGGACACCAUCCCCGAGCUCAACCAGCCGUACCUCGCCUUUGUGGCCACACAAGACAUCCCCGCACGCACGGAGCUGUCGAUCGACUACGACCCGAAAGCGGGCGAGGAGGCCCGCACCGCGAAGCAGAAGGGCCGGCAGGCCGUCCCCGAGGGUGCGCGCGAGUGCCGGUGUGGCACCGACAGCUGUCGAGGCUGGGUGCGGGUAUGAACGCCGCGCGGAUGUGCGCGGUUAGUAUGAGGGCCAAGGCGUUUCGAGCGAGCGAGCGAAAGGGCGUAUCGAG